GGAGGAUUUGCAUCAGCUCAGACUGGGUCUGGGUAAUAGAAUGGAUAAUGUCGUGAAUGGGAUCACUUUGGGUGUACGAUUAAUACUGUGACGUUCUUACAUUUCAGUAGGCGGCGUUGAUGUAAUAUUGUGGGUACCAACCGCCGAUAAAAAGAGACAAGAAGAAGACGGCCUGCACAAAGCGGGCGCAGUGGCGAUGGCGCGAGCACUGUUAUUCUGCCCGUGACGUACAUUUCGCGCGAAAGUCAACCCUAAACGGACUCCAGUCAAGUGGAAGAAGAUGAGCAAGAAAGAUAAUACUGCGUCGCUCAUUCUUGCGUACCUCAAUGAAAAGAACAGACCCUACAGUGCCCAAGAUGUAUUUUGUAAUUUACAAAAACAACAUGGAUUUGGCAAAACGGCGGUGGUCAAAGCCAUGGAACAGUUAGCCCUGGAGGGGAAGAUCAGACAGAAAAUAUAUGGCAAGCAAAAGAUAUACUUCGCUGAUCAGAGCCAGUUCCCAGAGGUUAAAGAUGCAGACCUGAAAGCAAUGGACUGUCAGAUCUCAGACCUCAACACCCAAGUGCAGUCCAUCACCAGCAGCUGCAGACAGCUAGACACAGAGCUGAAGGAGCUCAACAGCUCUCUGACUACAGAACAAAUUAUAUCGGAGAUCCAAGAUCUGAAAGCAGAGUGUGCCGAGUAUAGGGCUCGUCUAGAUAAAAUAAAAUCGGCCACAAACCAUGUCACACCCGAAGAGAAGGAGAAGGUUUAUAAAGAGCGGACUGUAUAUGUGAAAGAGUGGAAAAAGAGAAAAAGACUGGCAUCUGACAUGAUAAAUGCAAUUCUGGAGGGUUAUCCUAAAAGCAAGAAGCAGUUCCUUGAAGAAGCUGGUGUCGAGACUGAUGAAGACUGUAACGUGAUUGUACCAAGUACUUGAUAUAAUAAGAAACCGUUUGUUUCUUUGCCAACAUAAGGCUAUGUGGCGCUACUCUGGGGAAAUGAUUUGCAUGUCUAA